ACGGCAGAAAAAGAUAUCCUAAGGGUUUAUAAUGAGCGAGGCCUCAUAUUUUCUCAGCCUCUCUAGGUUUUGUGAAAAAGCUCUGUGCCGCUGAGCUUUAUCUAGUCACCGUUUCAGUUAAUUUCUAAGAAUUCAAUAUGGGUAAAGAGAAGGUUCAUAUCAACAUUGUUGUCAUUGGACAUGUCGACUCUGGAAAAUCUACCACAACUGGUCACUUGAUCUACAAGCUUGGAGGUAUUGACAAGCGUGUUAUUGAAAGAUUCGAGAAGGAGGCUGCUGAGAUGAACAAGAGGUCAUUCAAGUAUGCAUGGGUUCUUGACAAGCUUAAGGCUGAACGUGAGCGUGGUAUUACCAUUGAUAUUGCCUUAUGGAAGUUUGAGACCACCAAGUACUACUGCACAGUUAUUGAUGCUCCUGGACAUCGUGACUUUAUCAAAAACAUGAUUACUGGUACUUCUCAGGCUGAUUGUGCUGUCCUCAUCAUCGAUUCUACAACUGGAGGUUUCGAGGCUGGUAUCUCAAAGGAUGGUCAGACUCGUGAGCACGCCCUUCUUGCUUUCACCCUUGGUGUCAAGCAGAUGAUCUGUUGUUGUAACAAGAUGGAUGCCACCACCCCCAAGUACUCAAAGGCUAGGUACGAUGAAAUUGUAAAGGAGGUCUCAUCUUACUUGAAGAAGGUUGGAUACAACCCAGACAAAAUUGCCUUUGUUCCUAUCUCUGGAUUCGAGGGAGACAACAUGAUUGAGAGGUCCACCAACCUUGACUGGUACAAGGGUCCAACUCUCCUUGAGGCUCUUGACAAUAUCUCUGAGCCAAAGAGACCCUCAGACAAGCCCCUUCGUCUUCCACUUCAGGAUGUUUACAAGAUUGGAGGUAUUGGAACUGUGCCAGUGGGACGUGUUGAAACUGGAUUCAUCAAGCCUGGUAUGGUUGUUACUUUUGGACCCACCGGGUUGACCACUGAAGUUAAGUCUGUGGAGAUGCACCACGAAGCCCUUCAAGAAGCUCUUCCAGGAGACAAUGUUGGGUUCAAUGUCAAGAAUGUUGCUGUGAAGGAUCUCAAGCGUGGUUUCGUCGCCUCCAACUCCAAGGAUGACCCUGCCAGGGAAGCAGCCAACUUCACCUCCCAGGUCAUCAUCAUGAACCAUCCUGGUCAGAUCGGUAACGGUUAUGCCCCAGUUCUUGACUGUCACACAUCUCACAUUGCUGUUAAGUUCGCUGAGAUCCUCACCAAGAUUGAUAGGCGAUCUGGGAAGGAGCUUGAGAAGGAGCCCAAGUUCUUGAAGAAUGGUGAUGCUGGUAUUAUUAAGAUGCUUCCAACCAAGCCCAUGGUUGUUGAGACCUUCUCUCAGUACCCACCUCUUGGACGUUUUGCUGUUAGGGACAUGAGGCAGACAGUUGCUGUUGGUGUCAUCAAGGAAGUUGAGAAGAAGGACCCAUCAGGAGCCAAGGUUACCAAGUCUGCUAUCAAGAAGAAAUGAAGUGUGCUUUUAACUAGAGGGAUGGUGCUAGGAGGAUCAUCAGGAGGGACUUGUCUUUGCUUCAUUAUUAUUAGUCAGUUUCGUUUUUGCUUUUUGUUGGUUAGGUAUCUGUGCAGUCUCCUGUUUUGUAUUGCUUUUGUUUUGUUGCGCAUCCGGAUGCAAACCUGGGUGCUUGACAGGCGGUGGCAACAGGAUGUUUGGCUGCUCAGUUGAAGUUCCUUUAAAUACUUAAGUUUGAUUUUGGGUUUUCAAGUUUCUGUUCACAAGUUUUACUUGCUUAACCCUGGUAACUGAAAACCGUAUUUGGUAGUUAUUGUCUGUGGAGCUGUACCUUAAGUGCCUUCUUGUUUUGUGUUGUGUGUCAUAUUUUUAGAAGACUGCAGAUUUUUAGCA